GCCCGGCCGCCGCCAGGUGCAGCCGCGCUAGGUGGGGCGGAGCAGAACGGGAGCGCAGCGGGGCGGCCGCUGGCCGGCGGCGGCGGGACAGGAUGAACAGCUCCGAUGAGGAGAAGCAGCUGGAGCUGCUCGCCAGCCUGAAGGACCGAGCUAUUGGCGAAUAUGAAGAGCUUAGAGCAGAAAAUAAGAAAACGAAAGAAGAGUGUGAUAAAAUCAAGCAAGAGCGAGAUGAGGCCGUCAAAAAGCUGGAGGAGUUUCAGAAAAUUUCUCACAUGGUUAUUGAGGAAGUAAACUGUAUUCAGAAUAAUCUUGAAAUUGAGAAGACCUGUCGGGAAAGUGCUGAGGCUUUGGCUUCUAAGCUGAAUAAAGAAAAUAAGACCUUGAAAAGAAUUAGUAUGCUUUAUAUGGCAAAACUGGGCCCAGAAAUUAUCACUGAAGAGAUCAACAUUGAUGAAGAUGAUUCAUCCACAGAUACAGAAGCCAACUCUGGAUCAUGCAAUUCUGUACAUUGCCAGCAGCAAAUAAAAGAGCUGCGAGAUCAAAUUGUAUCUGUUCAUGAGGAAAAGAAGACCUUGGCCAUUGAACUGGAAAACCUGAGGUGCAAACUUGUAGAAGUAAUUGAAGAAGUGAAUAAAGUGAAAGAAGAAAAGGCUGUUUUGACAACAGAAGUUAAUAAGCAGCAAAAACUGUUGGACAAAUGUAACAGAGUGUCUGUACUGGCAGUAGAGGAAUAUGAAGAGCUUCAUGUAAACUUUGAACUGGAAAAGAACCUGCGGAAGAAAGCAGAGUCGUUUGCACAAGAGAUGUUUAUUGAGCAAAACAAGAUGAAAAGGCAAAGUCAGUUGCUUCUGCAGAAUUCAGCUCCUGAUCAACAGCUUUUGAAGGCUUUGGAUGACAAUGCAAAGCUAACCCACACAUUAGAAGAGGAGAGGCUUCAACACCAACAAAAGAUCAAAGAAUUGGAAGAGCAGCUAGAGAAUCAAGCACUGCAUAAGGAGAUUAGUCGUCUUAAACAGCAACUAGAACUUUUGGAAGAAGAUAAAAAAGAACUAGAGCUGAAGUGUCAGAGCUCAGAAGAAAAAGCUAGAGACCUAAAGCAUUCAGUUGAUGAACUUCAAAAACGAGUACAGCAGUCUGAAAACCCUGCACCACCUCCUCCACCACCACCCCCUCCUCCUCUUCCUCCUCCCCCUCCUCCAAACCCUAUACGGUCUCUGAUGUCAAUGAUUCGCAAGAGAUCUCACUCCAACACCAACGUGAGCAAGAAGGAGAAGCCUCCUCAGCAGGAGUCAGGUGAAGAAGUUACAGAUCUGAAGAGACAAGCUGUUGAAGAAAUGAUGGACAGAAUUAAAAAGGGAGUUCAUCUGAGACCUGUCAACCAGUCAAGCAGGCCUAAAACAAAGCCAGAAACACCAAAGCCUUCUGAAAGUGCAAUGAAAGAAUUAAAAGGGAUUCUGGAAACAUUGAACAAGUCCACUAGUUCCCGAAGCCUGAAGUCCCUUGAGACAGACAGCAGCGAAACGGAGCUGGAGCGAGUCCUGCGGCGCCGGAAAGUCACCACUGACCAGGACAGUGGCAGUCCCACUGGAAUCUUGGCCACAUCAGAAUCAAAAUCUCUGCCUGUGUUAGGUUCGGGAGCCAGCGCCGCUCCGGCAGCGUUGAGCAAGAGAGACCUGGAGACAGAGUUCAGUUCCAAAGUGCCCGACUCAGCUCCUGUCUCUGACCAGCAUAAGGCUGCCGCGGGCUCCAAGCCCACCCUACAAUCAACUAGUCAUACAGAAUUUACAAGAAGAGCUUGGAGCAGUGACAAAGAGGCAAACUCCGUCGUGGUUUUAGACCCCGUUUCCAGCAGCAGGGAUCAGCCGCCCGAAAACGCGCCGAGUCACAACAACCCAAGAGAAGAAAAAAGCAAACCCCUGCAUAAAGGAGCAAAUGUUGGGAAAAUAAAAGAAACCGACAGCUCUCACUGUUAAUUGUUCACUCUGAAAGGCUGUCACUUUUGGGAGUCAUGUGAGUGGGUGUAGGUGUGUUGCUGAAGGCUCCGGUCGGUGCUCCAAACAGUUGUCAGUAAUAGAGGUUGACAUGCGGUUUUGCAUGAGGUUCUGUUACGUGCAUCAAAGCGUUAAAUAAUUCUCACUCAAAAUCCCUUUCCCAUCUCCAUUUUGCAGGUAUGGUUAUUAUUUUCUUAGGUAGUGUCAGGUACUUUUAAAACUGUAUUGCAAAAGGCUUUUUGAAUGACCCUUUCCCUGAGGAGAUGCCUUGUUAAGGUCUGUUCUGAAGCAGCCAGACGCCCCUCACGCCCCUCUAGAGCUGGACAGGUUUGGGUUGGGCCCUGUGAGGGUGAUUGCACACAUACACAGAGACAUCAGCUUAGUAUGGGGGGUGUCAGUAGUUAUCAAAGACUCACCAUUCAGACACACUGCUUUAGAAACAUUUUGAUAUCUACUUAAACCAGGAUCUCGUGGGGCUCCUUACUGCUGUCUCCACAGGCACUCCUUUGAGGAAACCGAAAGCACAAGCAGAACGCUGCUGUUCCAGGCUGCCCCCCAGUCAGCACAAAGACUGUAAAGCACAGGCAGGGCAGCAUCUCCUUUUGGUAACAAUGCCCAAAGUCAGAAAUUUGUGGGUUGAGAUUGGUGCUGUCGUUUGAACGAAAAGCUUUCCAAAGGGAGACUUAUCUCCUGGUGUUUGUUCAGUGUUACACAGCAAAGACUGGAGCUGCUGCAACUGCAGGCUGCAUUUACUGCUGCAAAAAAUAAGUUCCUGGCGUGAGCAUGGAGUGCACUGGGGCUCAGUCAGUGUGGCAUUGCAAGUGACUCCCAGAAAGCUCCCAGCACUCACAUAGGAGCCUUUGCUUUCAACUGUUCACGUUGUUAUUAGGUAACACUUUAUAUGUUGGUGUUUGAUGGCACAAAUCCCAGUUUCCCUCAGCCCUGGGUUCCCCAGAAGGCACUGGGCAGGUACAAACUGAUGCGCUGCCCUGUCCCUUCACCUUCUUUCCAAGCCCUUUCUAAACUCCACCUGCUGUCUCGUUCUUUUCUAAUGGACAAAAAACCAUAAUCAGGGAUUUACCUACGGAGCAGCUGGAAUUGGGUGGUCAAGUACUUGAAUGCACUUGGAUUAUUUUGUAUUUAAUGGUUUGAAACGGUGAUAGUAUUGAAGGAUGAAUGUUCUGAGUUUGUUGGUUUGGCUCUGCAUGCAACUGUCUGGUGCUUUUCCUACAAAUAAAAUGAUAGUAAGGGCUGUGUUAGUUUCACAUCAUUUUUGGUGUUUUUUGCAUGUUUGCUCAGUAAAAUCUUGGACUUGAUCUAAUUGCUGAACUACAUACGAUGCCUAAACUUUGGGGAAAUUUGUCUCUCCUCGGUACCUUCGGGCCUGGGGUCAGUUUAUAGAUGUAUUUUUCCUCAGGUGCUCGCUGCUGUAUUUUAUGUUCAAAUGAUACAGAACCCAGAAGUUUUUUAAGAAGUAUUUCUUUGACUCAAACUGUUUGUUACCUAGGACAGAAGUUAUUUCUCUCUCUUUUCACUGUUGCUUAUUAAAAAGACUCCUGACAAGUUUCCCAGA